AUUAUCUUACACCCCCCCCCACCCACCACCCCCUACCCCAACCCAAAAUCCAAAAUUUCGUAAUUCUCACUCCAUACCAUAAUACCCUUUUAAAACCCUCUAAUAUCAGUUCACUACCUACUUUAGACUAAAAUUUUACCAAAAUUUCAACUUGAUUUUGAUCUUAGAAGACCGAUAAAAAUGGCGAUUUCGGAUACUGUAGUGGGGAAUUUAACGACGUUGUACCUGUUAGUGAUAGCGGCAAUGAAGGCGUACGGAUUGAUGACAGGACGGAGCUACGGCGGAGUUUUUGUGCUGAUUGUGUCAACAGCUGUUGUAGGUACUGUGUUGAUUUUGAGUUUGACGUGGGAUGUGUCACGUAAGGUUACUAGGUGUGCUUUGACACGCGAUCGUCAUCUUACUCUGAAUCGGAAUCAGCCACGUCAUCAUUCCGAUGAGUUGUGUAGAGGUGGUAUAUGUUGGCACGGCGUUGCUGUUAGAUCUCCGGCGUCGCAGUUUCGGUUCCGGCUUCCUCAGCACCACCCUCGCUAGCGGUAAAGAUAAGUGAAAAUCGAGUGAUUUUAACUCACUGUAAGUAUGUAAAUUGUUUUGGAUCGAAUUUUUCUAUCUGUUUUUUUGGCUUUAUGACGAUCGAAAAUUUGGGGAAAAUCAGUGUAAAAUAGUCAUCGGAAUCGCAGUUUAGGCAUGUAAAUAAAAAUAUAUGUGCAAUCGGUUUUUUCUCGCUACGAGCUUUGACCUUUU